UCCUCUUCCGUGUUUAUAAGAGUGCUGUAUCAAAACCCGCUCUUGGCUCGUGAGGGCGAAACCCGGGAAAAAGGACAAAGAAAAAUGGCCGAAAAUGGAGAAAAUGGAGAAAAUGCUCCCCUGGCUGAGGGAAGCCGUGCCGGGAGUGCCGAGGCUCUGUUGGCUCCUGAAAGAUCCAGAAGAGGCUCCAACAGCUACGCCCUGAAGGUAGCCGGCCUGACCACGCUGGCGUGUGUGCUGCUGGCCAGCCAGGCGUUUAUGGGCUACAUGGUGUUCGACCAGAGGCAGCAGAUCCACGCGCUGCAGAGGAACGCUGACAGAAUGAACAGGCAGCUGCAAGCACCUCGAGUGACUCCAAUAAAAAUGCCUGAGCCGAUGAACGAUUUUCAUUUGAUGGACAAAUUAUGGGAUGGAGACUCUGCAGUCCCAGAGCCCAAAGCACCCGUGGAAGAAGAGAAGAAGCAAAGCGUGGCGGCGUCCGUCGGUGUGGACGAGAUGAUGAGCCUCAUGGAGGAGAACUUUGCGCUCCCGACCUUCAACGACACCAUCCUGGGGAACCUGCAGAGCCUGAAGAGGCAGAUGAAUCAGAGUAACUGGAAGAGCUUUGAAUCAUGGAUGGGGAACUGGAUCCUCUUUGAGAUGGCCCAGUACAAGGCUUUGCCCCCCACUGCUCCGCCCACCAAGACCAAGUGUCAAAUACAAGCAGAAGCCGAGUCCCAGCGGUCCCUCUUCCGUCCCGUGUGUGACGAGCAGGGUCGCUACCGAGCCACCCAGUGCUGGCCCGUCGUGGGCAUGUGCUGGUGUGUGGACGUGCAUAGCGGCGCUGCCAUCGCCGGCACCACCACCCGGGGCCGCUACCUAGAAUGUGGAAAAGGUAGAUUUGGAGCCUGAGGCUGUCUGUCUGGGAUAAUACAGAGAGAUCAAAUGUUCCUUUUUUCCAACAUUCUUAUUUUAGCUUCUGAGUUUGGGAUGAUGACAGGAAAUGACCAUUAUUAAAGCAUGCUUUUGUUCCUGUUCUUCCUCUUCAACUGAAUCUGAAUCAUUUUGGGUUUAUGAACUAAUCAAUAUAUAUUCUGUUGUAAAUCAACACAUGCUAUGUUAGUCCUUGUUUUAUUCCUUCUUUUAUUUCAACCUCAAUACCCAAAUAAACUACUGACCCAUUUUCCGAGAGUA